GAUGCAGAAGAAUUAAAAUUUCAUGCUACAGUUGCACAUGUGUUUGUGUAUUAGACAUUUAUUGCUAGAAAUAUGUCGUUUUAGGACAUUUAUUGUUGCAUUGAUUUAUAAUUAGGUGAUAUAAGUGAAAUGACAAAUUGCUUAAAGACUACGAUUUCUGCUGUUGGUUGAGCUUGGUAAACAGUAACGUAUUUGAACAGUGUUAGCAAGCUAGCUACAAUGUUAUAGUGUGCUAUGGUGUCACAUUGAUUCAUUUAGCACAUUAAACAUUUGUAGCACUGACACGUCACAUUACAUAACUGGACAGUCUAUCUACCAUGACUAUGAAGGACGAAGCACCGAGUGUCCCUGAGUGCUACAUCUCAGAACAUGAAGGGUUCUAUGGAACCAUCAAGAACUUCACCAGAGACUUUGUAGUCACAGAGAUAGACAUCCAUGGCCAGAUGGUCACUAAACCCAGUUUAUCUGAUGUUCCUCAAUCAUCCAACAUUACUGAGGCAUGCCCAGGUGCCAAGUCUGAAGGAAAGACAAAUAUUAUUAGCCCAAAACAUCAACACAACCUCAAAGAAGAGAAUUCAGAACCUGGACCCGGUCAGAAUGGUGACAUCACAUCCACCGCCAGCCAAGACUGUUUUGACCUGAGCAUAAUACUGGGUCAGGCUGUCUGUGAAGAGCUAGAGCAGUUCACUGCUUUAUUGAGAGAGAUGUCAUCAAGUCCAAAUGAGGUCGUUGAGAAGAAGCUGGCCAACCAAGAAUCAUCCAAUGGCAGUGAGAAGAAGAUGGCCAAUCAAGAGUUAUCCCUGGGUUCAUUCCCAGACAAACACCAAAGGGCUAAUGUCCACCGCGCUGUCCGACACAGCUUUCCCUUCCUGUUGACAGUAACCAACCAAUCAGAGAUCAGGGUUAAGGAGGACCCUGACUUUAAGCUCCUAUCAGGUUUGGUCUCAGAGGAGGAGGCCGAAGACUUUAUCAGGUUCAUCGACACCAAGAUGCCUAAUUCUGUGUACACAUUCAGGAGUGAUGACAGUAAGGAGCACAGGACGGCAGUGCACCACUUCCUCAGUAGACGGUUUGGUAAACUGGUGGAGACCAAGAGCUUCAGUGACCAGCAGCAGAAGACUACGGCCAUUACUGUCAGGUUGAGAGAAAGAGGGAAACCCAGGAAGAGGACGGCUGAUGACAGUAAAGAGGAAGAGGUCUAUACAGCGUUCACUCUGAAGAAGGAGAACCUAGAGACUCUGGAGGCUAUCAGCUACAUGGCAGCUGUCCUGGGGGUGCUGCCCUCUGACUUCACCUACGCUGGCAUUAAGGACAAGAGGGCCGUCACCUACCAGUCCAUGGUGGUCAAGAAGAUCUCACCACAACGGCUGAGAGAGAAGGCCAGUGAGUUUGAGAAGAGGGGCGUGGUCCUCUCCUCCGUCCGCUCCGUCUCUGAGCCUCUUCAUCUGGGUAGACUCCAGGGGAACCACUUUGACCUAGUGGUACGGGAUCUGAGGUCACACCAGGGUCAUGGCACACUGAUGGAGCUGGACUCACGGGUGCAGGAGGCUGUGGAGAACGUAAAGGUCAAGGGGUUUGUGAACUACUAUGGACCUCAGAGGUUUGGGACUGGACAGAGUGUUCAGUCUGACCGCAUCGGACUGGCCCUGCUCAAAGAGGAAAUGGUGGCAGCUGUCCGUCUGUUUUUCACACCAGAAGAGGGUGAUGACCCUCAGAGCGUUGCCAAGAGACACUUCCUCCAGACUGAUAAUGCCAAGGAGGCCCUGUUUCUGAUGCCCAUGUCCAAGGCCAGAGAGAGGAUGAUGCUGAGGGCCCUACAUCGCUAUGGGACGGGCCCAGAGGGCUGCACCCGUGCCUGGCUCAGCCUGCCCCAUGGGAUGAGGGUCUUCUACCCCCACGCAUACUGCAGCCGGGUCUGGAACGAGGCGGCUGCACACAGGCUGACCACGCUGGGCCACAGGGCCAGGCAGGGAGAUCUGGUCUGGAAGCAGAGGAGAGAGGAGGGGAUAGAGGCGGGAGAAACCAGCUUACCUCAGAUUCAUGUUGUUACUGCUGCAGAGGAGGAGGAGGAAGUCUACUCACUAGGACAGGUGGUUCUUCCCAUGCUUGGCAACACUGUGAAGUACCCAGAGAACCCUGUAGGGGGCUGGUACCAGGAGAGACUGGCGAGGGAUGGACUACAGAGCUGUCGUUUCAGAGUCACUCCUCUCAAACUGAACCUCCCUGGCUGCUACCGCCCCUUACUGGCCAUCCCACAUAGCCUGACCUACAGGCUGGAGCAGGGCCAGAGAGCUGGGGAGAGGCAACAGGAGUGGAAUGGAAAGUCACAGGCUAGUGGAGCGGUACCACAGCACCCUGACACAGACACACCUAGACCUGGAGGUCUGGAGAGGCAGAGAGGAGGGGAGAGCGUGCAGGGUAAUGGAGAGGGGGAGUCAACGGUGAAGUACCCUGACACAGACACACCUAGUUUGACGUUGAACUUUGACCUGGACUCUUCCUGCUACGCCACUGUCUGCCUCAGAGAGGUCAUGAAAUGUGACCCUUAAACUGGAGUCUCAGAUGUUGUAUGUACUACUGUGUGUACAGUAUUUUGAUUAAUAUUGUACUUUGUACACAGUAUGGCCUCUUGUGUACAUGUAGGGUACUGCUACAGUAUUGUGUUGUGUACACAUUAUGGCCUCUUGUGUACAUGUAGGGUACUGCUACAGUAUUGUGUUUUGUACACAGUAUGGCCUCUUGUGUACAUGUAGGGUACUGAUACAGUAUUGUGUUUUGUACACAUUAUAGCCUCUUGUGUACUUGUAGGAUACUGCUACAGUAUUAUGUUUUGUACACAGUAUGGCCUCUUGUGUACAUGUAGGGUACUGCUACAGUAUUGUGUUGUGUACACAUUAUAGCCUCUUGUGUACAUGUAGGGUACUGCUACAGUAUUGUGUUUUGUACACAUUAUGGCCUCUUGUGUACUUGUAGGAUACUGCUACAGUAUUGUGUUUUGUACACAUUAUGGCUUCUUGUGUACUUGUAGGAUACUGCUACAGUAUUGUGUUGUGUACACAUUAUGGCCUCUUGUGUACUUGUAGGAUACUGCUACAGUAUUGUGUUUUGUACACAUUAUGGCCUCUUGUGUACUUGUAGGGUACUGCUACAGUAUUGUGUUUUGUACACAUUAUGGCCUCUUGUGUACUUGUAGGAUACUGCUACAGUGUUGUGUACACAGUAUGGCCUCUUGUGUACUUGUAGGAUACUGCUACAGUGUUGUGUACACAGUAUGGCCUCUUGUGUACUUGUAGGAUACUUCUACAGUAUUGUGUUGUGUACACAGUAUGGCCUCUUGUGUACAUGUAGGAUACUGCUACAGUAUUGUGUUGUGUACACAGUAUGGCCUCUUGUGUACAUGUAGGAUACUGCUACAGUAUUGUGUUGUGUACACAGUAUGGCCUCUUGU